UUCCCAGUGCCGUGAGUCGGUGAUAAAACACAAAAAAAAACUUCCUCUCUCCACUCCCAAACUCUUCUACGGAUCUAAUUGCCAUCACUAUCUCUCACCCAGCGCCAGCACAGUUCCCCAACUCCCUCUCCGACGAAGAGGAGGGAGCACCCAUGCGUGGCUAGCAACAAAAGCUUGAAAUUGGAUAGGCUUGUUGUUUGAUUCGAAGUAAAAAGAGGGCAGAGGCAGAGGCAGUGAUGGAGAAAUCGGGGUCGCGAGAGCUACGAUGCGUAGGGAAAUUAGAAAUCGAAAGGCCAAAGCCCGUCGGCUUCCUCUGCGGCUCAAUCCCUGUUCCCACCGACAAACCCUUCCACUCUUUUCACUCCGCUCUCAUUCCCUCACCCCAAACAGUCAGUGCUCCUCGUUAUCGGAUGCUUCCCACUGAGACUGACCUCAACAGCCCUCCGCUCCUUUCCAGUUUUCCCGAUAAGAUUCUUCCCGUCCAUUCCGGAGAUAAAGCCUGGGACGGUGGUGCUGUCACAUCAAAUCUUGCUAGGAAAUGUGAGGCCCUUGCUGUUUCUGGUUUAGUUGAGUAUGGAGAUGAGAUUGAUGUAAUUUCUCCCGCUGACAUUCUCAAGCAGAUAUUCAAAAUGCCAUAUUCAAAGGCUCGGCUUUCGGUCGCAGUUCAGCGGAUUGGGCACACACUUAUUCUUAAUACCGGGCCUGAUGUUGAAGAGGGAGAAAAGUUGAUCAGGAGACGUCAAAAUCAGUCAAAAUGUCUUGAUCAAUCUUUGUUUUUGAAUUUCGCCAUGCAUUCUGUUCGAAUGGAAGCUUGUGAUUGCCCACCAACUCAUCAUGUCGCAUCAAAUGAGCAGUCAAAUGCUUCUGUUCUACCUGGAGUGAAUACUGGUUUUGUGCGACAGCAUCAUCAUGUAGCUCGGGGUGAAGGGACAAAGCAUACUUCAGAGUAUGCGCAAGUUAAACAAGAUGAAUUCGUUUGGGCAAGUAAGAAAAGUAAAAACAAAACGGGACAUAAUGCUGUGAAAAAAGCUUCACAAGUUGGUGACAAGCCCGUGUCUUCGAUGCAAGAGUCUGAAAAACAUAAACGAGGUGGUAACGAUGAGUUUUUACGGGUAUUGUUUUGGCAAUUUCACAAUUUUCGCAUGCUACUGGGAAGUGACUUGCUUCUGUUCAGUAAUGAAAAAUAUGUUGCUGUUAGCCUGCAUCUAUGGGACAUUUCCCGAGAGGUUAAACCUAUAACUUGGCUUGAAGCCUGGCUAGACAAUGUCAUGGCUAGUGUGCCAGAGAUGGCCAUCUGUUAUCAUAAAAACGGUGUGGUCCAUAGUUACGAGCUUCUGAAAACAGAUGAUAUAUUUCUACUGAAAGGAAUAUCUGAUGAUGGCACUCCUGCUUUUCAUCCUUAUGUGGUACAGCAAAAUGGCCUUGCUGUUUUAAGGUUCCUUCAAGAAAACUGCAAGCAAGAUCCUGGAGCUUAUUGGCUGUAUAAAAGUGCUGGGGAAAAUGACAUUCAACUUUUCGAUCUUUCUGUUAUUCCAAAGAACCACUCUUCUAAUGAUUGCGAUGAUAGCUCAAGCUCUCUGCCUUCUUUAUUGCAUCGACGGAGAAGUGAUUCCUUGUAUUCAUUGGGGACUCUCUUGUAUCGAAGUGCUCACAGGCUCUCACUUUCAAUGGCUCCAAACAAUGUGGCAAGGUGUGCGAGGUUCUUUAGAAAAUGUUUGGAACUUCUUGAUGAGCCAAAUCAUCUGGUUGUACGUGCAUCUGCCCAUGAACAAUUUGCUAGGCUUAUUUUGAACAAUGAUGACGAGCUGGAAUUAACAUCUGAUGCUCUGCCAGCAGAAUGUGAGCUUACAGUUAGCCAUGCUCAAGAAGAAUCUAUAGACUUUUUAAGUAGUAUUUCUGAAUCAUUAGUCCAUGAUCAGUUAUUAUCUCUAGUGGGAGAGGAAAAGUCAUGUGAAGAUGGACCAAGUUUUCAAGAUAUAGUACCAGGUGCUUCUGUAAAUAUGACUCUAGAAGCAAAUGCACAUUCUCCAAGUAAAUUGAUAACAGCAGGUGACAUGGACUUUGGAGAUUUGCCAGAAUCCAUACCAAAUUUCUCUUGUGAUGAAAGAUCUACAGUUUGCAAAUUGUCUCCAACAACAACAGACGUAGUUCAGAGUAUUGCUGAACCCAUCUCCUCAAAACUUGCUGCAAUACACCAUGUUUCUCAAGCUAUUAAAUCUCUUAGGUGGAUGCGGCAACUGCAUAUUACGGAACCCAAGUUAGUGGGCCAGGAAUCCCAGGAUAGUGAAACUCAAGUUGAAAGUAGUAGGUCAGCUUCAUCUGUUAAUCUUUCUGUUUGUGCAUGUGGUGAUGCUGACUGUAUCGAAGUUUGUGACAUUCGGGAAUGGCUUCCCACAUCAAAGUUGGACUAUAAGUUAUGGAAGCUGGUUCUUUUGCUUGGGGAAUCUUAUUUGGCACUUGGACAAGCUUAUUUAGAGGAUGACCAGUUACAUCAAGCUUUGAAGGUUGUAGAAUUAGCAUGCUCUGUCUAUGGAUCAAUGCCUCAGCAUCUUGAAGAUACCAAAUUCAUUUCUUCAAUGAAUAGUUGCUGGUCUUCAAAGUCAAAAAAUAAUAAUACAAAUAAAAAGACAAGAUCAUAUAAUAGUGAUCAGAGAUUUCUAAAGAGCUCAAAUGGUGAUUGUCUGACUUUUGAGCAAUUCUCAUCCAUUUACCUCUUCUGGGCCAAGGCAUGGAUAUUAGUGGGAGAUGUGUAUGUUGAGUUCCAUAAAGCUAAGGAUAGUAUUAUAUCUGAACCGGAAGAGAGAAAACAUUCAACUUCAGAGGUAAAAGUAUCAUCUGAGGUUGUGAAAGAAGUUAAAAGGCUUAAGAGGAAGCUGGGGCAGCAUGUGCAGAACUGCACUUCAUGUUCUUUAGUAAAUUGCAGCUGUCAAAGUGAUAGGGCAAGCAGUGGUAGUAGUGCUAGUAGCAGUAGUGGACCAAGUGGUGAUAUGCGCUCGGUAAGUUAUGGCAGGAAAUACAUUAAAAGCCCAUAUCCUAAGAGCAACACCUACCCACAUUUGAGAGACCUGGAAGAUAGUCUUUGUUUGGAAGCGGAGAAUAAAAACAUACUGGAUGUUGAGUCGACUGUGGUGUCUCAGUGCGAUGUUGCUUUGAAAAAAACUGGGGGAAUAUUCAAGUACCUUGGAGGUCCUGCAAUUGGAGAUGUUGAAUACAAUCUUUCAGGAGCCCUAUGCUGUUAUGAAGAAGCUAGAAAGGCAUUAGGUGGUUUUCCAUCGAGUUCAGAAGAGCUACAAUCUGUAAUGAAAAAGAAAGGGUGGGUAUGCAAUGAAUUGGGCCGCAAUAGACUUGCGAGGAAAGAACUGAGCAAAGCUGAAUCUGCUUUUAUAGAUGCUAUAAAAUCAUUCAGAGAAGUUUCUGAUCAUACCAACAUUGUACUAAUAAACUGCAACUUGGGCCAUGGAAGACGAGCAGUCGCAGAAGAGGUGGUAUCAAAGAUCGAUGGUCUUAAGAUGCAUUCCACAUUUCCUAAUGCAUAUGUUCAUGCACUGGAGACUGCAAAAUUGGAAUAUAGCGAAUCACUUAAAUUUUACGGGGCAGCAAAGGCAGAGCUGAGUGCUUUUGUUGAAGACUCUGGCUCUGUGUUGAAUGAUUUGAGGACUGAGGUAUGCACACAGUUUGCUCAUACAUAUCUGAGACUCGGAAUGCUAUUGGCAAGAGAAGAUAUUACAGUGGAAGUUUAUGGAACUGGAGUGUUGGAAGACAUGCAUACAGGGUCCGCAAGUCCUACUGGAAGAAAAUCAAGAAAAGAAUCACGAAAGCAUGAGAUUUCAGCAAAUGAUGCCAUUAGGAAGGCACUGUCUGUUUAUGAAUCAUUAGGUGAACUACGGAAACAGGAGGCGGCAUAUGCUUAUUAUCAGCUCGCUUGCUACCAAAGGGAUUGUUGUUUGAAGUUCUUGGAGCCAGAUCAAAAGAAAUGCAACGUAUCCAUUGGUGAAAACAGUAUUCUUCAGCGGGUCAAGCAGUAUGCAUCCUUGGCAGAGAGGAACUGGCAAAAGGCCAUGGGUUUCUAUGGCCCAAAAACACAUCCUACAAUGUACCUAACUAUUCUUAUAGAGAGAUCAGAGCUCUCAUUGAAAGUUUCAAGCCACUUGCACUCAAAUGUGAUGCUGGAAUCAGCUGUGUCUUGUUUGCUUGAAGGACGGUAUGUAUCGUCGGAAACAGAUUCAGACUCUUUGAAGAGUGGUGACUCUGAGGUACAUGCCAAAUUUUGGAAUCAGUUGCAGAUGGUUUUGAAGAAGAUGUUGACCGUGACACUUUCAGCAAGUGGCAACAAAUUACCUGUUUCUCAACCUCGGCAACUGCAGACUAUAUCCAACAGAUCUGGGGAUGCUGAAAAGCUGAGGGAGCUUUACAAAAUAUCUCUCAAGUGCACGGAGUUGAGUCAGUUGGGUGUUAUGCACAAUUUGUGGACCUCAUAAGUUUGGAACUAAUACAAAUUAUGGUUUCUAAUGUAUUGUAACAGUUGAAAUGACUUUUAAGUUUGUGACAUGUAAGACUACAUUGACAGGGUGACACGAGUUAUUGUGUGAUUUUCUGUUGCUAGUUCUCUGAAUUUACAUAAGUUCACUGGAAA